GUGAAAAUUUGAAAAAGGCGCAUUUUCACAUUUAUUCAUUUUUUUAGAGUUAAGGUUUCACUGCACAUAUUGCGCUAUUUGUGGGCUAUUGUUGAAAAUCAGACCUGGCGACUCUGACGUCACAAUUAUGCGACACGAGACGUGUGAGGGCGGAACUAGCGGCGGUCAAGGAGCAGUGAGAUUAAACAGCCUCCCGCCGGGGAUACGAGCAGCGGGGCAGUAUGGGCAGGAGAGAAUCAUGAGAGAUGGGUCGGUGGGGGUCGGGCACAGGUCUGAGGAAGGGACAUGGUCAGUAGGCGGAAUGCCCGGUGGAUCCAAUGGGAAUUGUGCGCUGGUCUCUCACACUCGCUUUGGUCUCAUGGCUCCGGUAGUGUCGAGCUUUGCCCGGGAAGCAGCGCCUCAAAGGCUCCGUGUGGCCCCGAUAGACGCAGAGUCGAUGGUGCGGGCGGGGCGGCUGCAGGAGUUGGGGGGAGCGUCGGACCGGGGCUCAGCCGUGUGGCUCCCCAACAAGCAGCUCCGGGAGUUGGGCCUCUUCCACCGGGAGUGGGUAUGGGUGACUGUCCCUGAGGAGAUGAGGGGGGCUGCGAGUAUAAGGGGGGCGGCUGAGGGGAGACACGUCGCUCUCAUAUUGGCUGCGGAGUUGUGCUGGGGGCACCCCCACAAGUACAAACACCCCCUCAGCACCCUGUGUCCCCCUCACUGCACCCACACCGCCCUCAUCUCUGCCUCCCUCCUCUUUAACCUGGGCCUUGGGACUGGGCCCCUCAGCGAAAUCCUCAUACAGAGGUUCUGUUGUGACACAUUGGAGGGAGGCCGUUCUGCUCUUGUUGGACCUCCGUUGGCCAGGGAGCUCUGUGUGCAGAUUGUGAAGUCUCCGUCUUAUAGCAGUGACGUCUCAUACAAAAAGGCUUUGUUUCAUCACUUCCAAACUGCCAGGGUCGUUCAGUGCGGAGAUAUUCUGUGUGUUUCAUCUCUUUCACAUGAAGAAUUUUUACAGAACAAUCCAAACAUGGCUGUCAGGUGCCCCGACCUUUAUUUUAAGGUGCUUCGAAUCGAGGGCAGACCAGGAGAAGAGCAGUGCCAAGCCUACCUUGCCCAUUCCAACCACAUGAUUCUGUUCCAGGAAGGCAGCACUCAUAGUUACAUUCCAUCCUUUCCUUCCCGGGAUGGACACGUGUUCUGGAGCAGUCUCUUCCCAGCUGGACUCUCUAAUGCAGUGGAUGAAAUCUGCAAGAUCCUUCAGCCUUACCUUGAGGUCACGUGUGACAUUCUUCCUACAGGAGGAAGAAUCCUGUUUUCUGGUCCUACUGCCAGUGGCAAAAAGACAGUUGUGAAAGCCGUGUGCAGCCGCUUAAACCUCCAUCUCUACGAGAUUGAGUGUGCAAGGCUGUGCAGAGAGAGCAGCGCUGGAAGUGUGGCACGCCUCAAGGCACUACUUUCCAGGGCACAGGAGUUUCAGCCUUGCCUUGUCCUGCUUGGUCAUGUGGAGCUUCUGGGUCGAGAACGAGAUGGUUCUGGAGAGGAUGGCAGGGUUAUUAGCGCUUUCCGAAGCCUUCUCUUGGGGGGAGAGACACAGGCCAGGGAUUUCCCUGUGUUGGUUGUUGCCACCACCUCUUCCCCCAAUGAGAUACCACUUGACAUGCAGACCUGUUUCCUGAAUGAGGUUUUCUUAGAGCCCCCAACAGAGGAUCAGAGACACAGCCUGCUAGCAGCUCUCACUGCACCUCUGUCCCUGGGCCGGGACGUCAGUAUCCCAAAGUUUGCACGCAGGACAGCGGGUUUUGUUUUGGGGGAUUUCUGUGCCCUCUUGUCCAAGGCUGGGCGCAAUGCAUGUGAGAGGAUUCAAAACUCAAGAUCUCUUAUAGAGGCAGUGGAAGAAGAGGGAGGACUCUCAGCAGCUGGGGUUCAAUUAAUGGCUCAGGAUUUCCAUGACGCCUUAUCUGCUUUGCAGGACUCCCAGGCUGAGGCUGUUGGGGCGCCCAAGGUUCCUUGCGUACAAUGGAAAGAUGUUGGGGGUCUUCAAGAUGUGAAACGUCAGCUCCUGGACACUGUGCAGCUUCCUUUGGAACACCCUGAAGUACUGUCAAUGGGUCUUCGGAGAUCUGGCGUCCUUCUUUAUGGCCCCCCAGGAACAGGCAAAACACUUCUGGCAAAGGCUGUGGCCACAGAGUGCACCAUGACUUUCCUAAGCGUUAAGGGACCUGAACUCAUCAAUAUGUAUGUGGGUCAGAGCGAGGAAAAUGUGAGGAAAGUGUUCUCCCGUGCUCGCUCGGCUGCUCCCUGCAUUAUAUUCUUUGAUGAGCUCGAUUCCUUGGCACCCAAUCGUGGGAAGAGUGGGGAUUCCGGAGGGGUGAUGGACAGAGUAGUAUCACAGCUGCUGGCAGAGCUGGACGGACUUCACUCUUCCAAUGACGUCUUUGUAAUUGGAGCAACAAAUCGCCCUGAUCUCUUGGAUUCUGCUCUACUGAGACCCGGAAGAUUUGACAAACUGCUAUAUGUUGGAGUGAACGAAGAUCGCGAAUCCCAGCUCAGAGUCUUGGCGGCGAUCACACGAAAGUUCUCCCUUCACCCCACAGUGGACCUGUCUGUUGUGAUUGAGCAUUGCCCAGCUGCACUUACUGGGGCCGAUUUGUACUCCCUCUGUGCAGACGCCAUGAUGAGUGCAAUUAAAGAGGGGGUACGGCAACUGGAAGAUGGACACCAGGAACAGCCCCCGGAACUGGUGGUCAAAAUGGAGCAUUUUCUUCAGGCAGCCAAUCGCCUGCAGCCAUCUGUGUCUGUCAGUGAAUUACAGCGCUAUGAACGUAUCCGCAAGCAGUACUCCGCUCCUGAGUCACCUGUUGUGUCCCUUGCCCGAUAGUAACUGAUCCUCUCUAGCUCUGGACUGAGAAGAAGUCAUGCCCGGUAAAGUCCAUUGCCCAGAACAACUGAUACUUUCUAGCUGGAUCCAUACUGGGAAGCUUCAGUGCCUUAUAAAGACCUUUUCCUCGUUCCAGAAAACCAUUACUUGGUUAAUACUGAUAUACCCCAGCUGUAACUGGUCUGUACAUGAAGAGUUUGGGGGGCUAGUCAUACAGAGAGAUAGGACAGUGCAGGGGUCCCCAGUUUACAGGGAGAGAACAGGGUGGCCAAAGCCGAACAAAGAAAGCAAAGAGUUGUAUGUAAUUAUUCAAGGAGUUGACCAAAGAGAGUCCAAUAUGGCCCCAGUUUUAUAUGGAAAGAGCAGGACGACGACUUCCAUCUUUCUGUUUACUGCCUGUCAGUCAUUAUGUGAUGAAUAAGAAGCAGUGAGACAUGAGAUUAUUUGCAGUUUGAUUAAUCACCACUUGCGGGGGCGACAAAUCUCCAAUGCUUUCCCAGCAGCUAACAUGCCAAUUGCCACCUGGGAAACAUACUCUGUGCCAAGAUGCCCAAAAUUUCCCGGCAAGGAAAGGCAGGGCAGAGUACAAAGUGUAUCAAUCAACAUCCACAGCCUCCAUGUCUCUCUAUGAGCCUGAUUUUUGCACCCCUCUCUGCUAGAGUCCUGCACGGGUCCAUUUUUUGGAACCAGGAUCCGCAACUGCAAUCCGCAUUCUUAUCUGCUUGGACCCGCUACCCGACCCGCAAGUCCCUUAUCCGGACCCGCGACCCUCUGACUAUCAAGAAUCAGGAAGUGCUGUCAUUGUAAACCGGAAGUGACAUCAUCAGAGGUAGGCAUGAUAAGAAAAAAGGAGUAAAAAAUCGAUAUUGAGAAGACCCGCAGAACAGUCGACCUGCGUCUAUACCCGCACCCGGAACUUCAACCCGCAGGGUACCGCAGGUUUUUGUGGGUGCCCGACCUGCUGCAGGACUCUACUCUGUGCUCUAGCCCUAAUUUAAAUGGGUUUUCCAUUUUAUUUCCUUAAACCCCCACAGAGCAAUAUACACAGUAAAUAUAAAGAAUCAAAGAGAGACGGUUUGUAUGGGUGAACAUCAUAUAAUCAGUUAUUCUCGUUGGAGACCUUGUAACAUAACUGCAUUCUUCUAAGCAAUUGGCAAAUUUAAUUCUCUGUGGUUUAUUGAUGUAUUUCCCAAGAUAUGGCCCCAGGCUCAUGUGAACUCUUAUGUUCUGCUGCCCAAACACUGUGUCACCCAUUCCUGCCGCUGGGCAAUGGCUUGUCUGUCCAUGUGUUCUUUUUGGGCUGUUUUUUUAAUAUAUAAUAUAAAUAAUAAUAAUGCACUGAGAAUUAGUUUAUGCACUUUACAUUGAUUUCUUUAAUAAAUGCUGAUCUGGAAUGAUAA